GUGUAGUUCAGCAGAAAAGAUAAGAACGUCUGCUCAUCUCCUCGCCCAUUGCAGUAGAGGGUGUUUUACUAAGAGUGUUAGGACCGACUAACUGCGAUGGAAAGAGGGAAAAAAUUCGUUUCAGAAAUCUAUCGCUCCUCAUUGAUUGUCAUUGGGAAUGUAGGAUUAACAGGAAUCUUGUAUGGACUGCAAUACCUGUUAGAAAAAAACAGCCCCUGUCCAUGUGAUCCGGAAUGGAACACCAUCCACGUCAGUCUCGCUUUUGCUAUACCCGUACUUGUUCUUCUUUUCCUCAGUAUGUUGGUGAUACCAAAUGCACGGAUAUUGCUGAAGUGUGUAACGUGCGUUCGACGUCCUGGAACAGGAAAGAAGAAGCAACAUGGCAAAGUUCAAUCUCAUGGAAAAGAAAUAGCUGAGAAGAAUUCUACAAACAGCAACCAAAACCAAACAUGCUGUGGCUCCAUGAAAACCCAUACCUGCAGCAAAGAUUUUCCUUAUUUUCUAUUGAAGACACUGAUGCAAAUAUGCAUCCCACCUACGAUAUGGAUCGUUAUUUUAUUACUGGACGGGGACUAUGUCGCCUGUUAUUUUGCCACUGCAAUCAACCGGACGCAAAGCAAUCUUUGCAAACACCUUUGCAGCCUCGAAGCUUCGUCUUAUCUGCUCAACACAUGCCACUGGUCCAGAAUCGGUGGAGAAAUUCUGCUGCUGGUUUCUGUGUUUUUGCUGGUAUUACUGAAGUUCUGCCCUGCAAGGAUGUGUAGUAAGCACACGGAGGACGAUUAUUAUCAGGUCAAGUAUGAACGUUCAUUGGAGAAGACGAAACGGACCAAGAAGAAGGAGGAAUUGAGAAAAAAGGUGGAAAAGGCUGCAAGUGAGGAGGCCAAAGAUUUCAUUUGUCAACUGGAACUUGGCAAUAUGAAUCCAGCAGGAUGAACAACAAUAAAAUUAGACAACGCUGAUGAAGCGGGUCCAAGUGAACCUGCCCCAUAACCAAUUGUGGGUAUCAAGUAUUCAAGUUGCGCGUUAAUUAUGUUUCUAUGGUAAAUAGCCGCUUUAGUGGGGGCGUGAUAAAAGCAAAGGGAAUAAGUUUCAUAUUCUUGCUUACUUCUUUUCAUUUCUUAUCUUGGGAUCGGAGAGGUGAUACCUUUGCUGACCACUUAAUAUCAGUUAAUAGAACUUAAUAUAUCUUCACACUUGUAUGUUUGCUAAUUGCUAAUAAAGGAUCGAAUAAAGUUGACCAUCAUUUCA